AUAUGUAUGUGGAAGAGGCUGUGUAUAUGCGUGCAGCCGUCGGACGGCGAGCAUAAGCGAGUAGAAUACCCCGUUGACGGCAUAACGAUUUGGCAGAUCGAUUUUUACACAAUGCGUACACGAUUGUUGUAAACCGGCGAUAUUGGGCUGCAAUAUUCUUCGUUCUGCCGGACGAUGAUCGACAGAAAGCUGUAGAGAAUAAAGACGACCACCGACCAGAAGCAGGAUUGAUGGUCCGUUCAUGCGUCCGACGGACGGACUGAAGCUUUAUCCUGUUUGCUUGUCCGGACAUCGGUAGAUUCUUCACAGUGGUAUACGUAGUGGUAGUAAUUACUGAAUCAUCGAACCGAUCAUCACAUCGACGCGGCUAAUGUGUUAAUACCGCAACGGGAAGCCAGCACUCACUAAUGUCCUAUCUACCAGCGCGUUAUUACAGCGCAUAAAAGUUAGCAAUGUCUGGCCACAAUCCGCCACAUGGGCGACUGGGACAACCGAACACUACGUGGAAUCCGUUACAGGUCCCGUCGUACGUUCCAAGACAACCGCAGUUAGCGCACAUGUCGAGCGAAAGAUCGAUGGCCCGCUCUCCUCUAACGUGGCCUACUCCACCAACGACGCAUCAGGAUAAAGUGUACAACCUAAUGACCGGAAAUCUGAUGAAUAACCUUGAAAUGAACCCGCUAUUGCAAGGAUACGGGCGAAACGUUGCAAUGCCACUGGGAUCGGUUGAUCUGAGCCUGUCGUCUGCCUCCCGAAGCACACCGUCCCCGAAAGGGGUCCACAACAAUAGCCAGCCGGCUGCCACGGGUUCACAUUCGUCACAUACCUCUUCGUCUUCAACAACACUGCCAUCAAACAUUCCCACCAGUGGCGUUCACAGCAUGGCCGGAGAUGGGGGCCUUUCUGGAAGUAAUCACCAAACGCGAUCGAACGCUCCAUCCUCGGGCGGAGUAAUCCAAUCGACCAAUGUGGCAGCACUGAAAGAGCGCAUGCAUUGCACCGGUACCGGUACCGGUGGCAUGCCAUCCAGCGGGGCCGGAACCACCUCCAAUAACUUCGGCAUGACGAAUACAAUCAACGACGGUAGUGGUAGUGCGAUGGGUGCGAACAUUGUACGCGGAGGAAAUGGUUUCGGGGCCGGUUUGAGCAAUCGGACUGCCAACGAUCUGGCCGCGCUAGUGUCGGGCGGUCUGUUUGUGAAGGACGCAAAGCAAAUCAACAGCGAAAUGGACAGUAAAAAUGGUCGUGAUUGUUUUUCGCACCUUUCCUGCACGGAUUCGGCCGAUCUGGUGAAGGAGUUCGUGUUGCAAACGAUGCACUGUAACGCUCUAUCGGUUUCACCUAAGCGAACAUCCCCGGCAAGAUCAUCGCAGGCCCAGUCGGGCUUAAGCCCGAGCAGAAGUCGAAGUCCGCCGUUAAAUUUACUGCUAGGCCCGUCCGCCAUCGAUGGAAAGCUGGACUGUUUGAAUAGUACGUUUCCCUUAGCGAGCAGCAACACGUCCGUGCCAUUGGCGUCGUCGUUGAGUUCUGACGCAGCGGUGCCCUCGACAAACAUGGACGCAACCGAUGUGGCCACUGUAACGGCUCGCGCCCUUGGUUCGCUGCUCGCUGGAACGGCCGCUAGCGAACUGGCUACCGGCGCCUCGACACCUUGCCCACUCAAUCCUUCCGCUUCGCCAACCGGAAACAGUAUGGCGUCGAGCGAAGAUUCGGUCGAUUCGUCCAACAGCCGAAGUAACAACGCACGAAGAAGACGGAAGCCGGAGAAAACGAACAAAAUGAAUGCGGUGUUCCCGCUCGAGGACGGCAAAUCGCUGUUCCCAGUGGCAAAGGCUGCCGAUGGUGGAAUGGACGCCGACAUGGAUGAGUUGGAUAGUUUACGCUCCAAUCACACCGCACGAACCGAUAUUACGACCCUAGCGAUCGAAGGUAUUAAUGCGCUGAGCCACGGUUUGUCCGGGGCGCAGUGCGAUCUUAGUCAAAGUCAACCGCCGGACAGUAAUGCCAGCGGGCAUAGUACGCCGCACGAUAUCUUCCUGCCGCUUCACGCACAACGAAAGCCCCUCACGGACACGGCACAGGACCAGCAUCAGAAGCUACUACUAGAAACCCUUAUCCAAAGCAAUAUGAACAAUAAUGGCACCAGCACCAGCGCGGUAGUGGGAGCGGCCGGUACCGGUUCACAAACAUCCUCAGCUGCAGCGGCAGCAAACAGUUCAGGAGCGGUGCCGGUUUCGGAAGCGCUGGGGUCAUCCGUCGGUAUGGAUGAGUCGCAAAAGCAGAGCACGAGUGAUUGCGAAACGAUUGACAAAAUUGCCGCCAUGGUGUCGUCUACGAAUGCGCUCGCUACGAAGCUGCUGCUGGACAAAGUUACAGAAUCAACGAACGAUAAUGGCAUUAUGAACUGUAACGGGCCAGUCCAGCAGCUACCGCCGCCGGCCAAAAACACGCAGCAGGAAGCGAAAAACGGUCACAAGGGUGAGAAAAAGGCAAAUGUUUCCGACAGCAGCUAUGAGGAGGUCGAGAACAAGCUGGAGGAAAUGUUUGCGGGCAUCGAAGAGCAGCCGGGAAAUGGGGUAGAAUUGAGCGUACAAAAGCGGUCUCCGAAGGCUGGUGGAAACCGAAGCGCGAACAGUCAAACGACCGGCGUAUCGGACGGUGACGUGAUGAACCAGCUCUCGAACGAUUUGCUAGCCGGACCGUGCGAAACGGUGAACAAUCCGCCGACUAGUAAUGCGGCCCGAUCCAGCAAUGGUAGCGGGAAGAAACCACUGACCCCAGCACAAAAGCGUAGCAUCGGUAGCAAAACGGCCACCCAGUCGGGGGAAAGCAUAACCACCAGCACGCCGGCACCGGCGAAACGCAAACGGGGACCCAAGAAGAAACCAAACGCACACAGCAAACUCCCCUCGUUUAUGGAACCGGAAGGCCCUCCGCUAUUGGGUCUGAAGGCUUUGAGCGGCAAGAAGAAGGGCAAAGCAGGGAAGGCUGCUGCCGGUACGGGUAAAAAGGGUGGGGCAAAGGGAGCAGGCAAGGGAAAGGGAAAGGGAAAUAAGAAGCAGCAGUAUCGCGAACCGGUUUCCGGUGGAGCAUGGUCUGGUAGUGCCGGGUCCAGCAGCAUCGAGCAGAGCGGGAAGUACAAGGGGCCUUACGUGCAGGUCAAAGCGGACGGUUGCCACACCGUCAUCAAUGCGCCCCUAAACGAGGAGGACAGUGACAAGACGCAGAACAAGACGAAAAAGUUCGGCAACAGUCUCAACAGCUCGGAGCGAAGCAAAAUUCGCGGUCUGCACGUGAGCACGCUCAGCACCAAGUACGAUGCGGACACGACCGACACGAGCUGGAUGUGUGUGUUUUGUAAAACGGGGCCGCACAAGUUUCGGCUGGGCGAUCUGUUCGGUCCGUACAUCAUCAGCACGGCUUCCGGCGAGUACGAGCAGAGCCAGAUCGAUGUGGAUUACUUCAGUGUGCGAAGAACGCGCGAAGAUCUCGAAUCAAAUCAAGCGAAGCAGAAGCGUGCGGCGGAAAAGCUGAAAGAGCAGCAGCAGAGCGGUUCGAAGAGUAAAAAGCGGAAAAACGCAGCAGGAGUGGCAGUGAAUGCGGCCACGACGACGCCCGUGGCAGGACCGAGCAGCUCGAAGGAGAUGACGCUGAAGGAGGAGAAAUGCGACGAGGUCCACCGGCCACAGGAACAGCAAGCUGCGAGCGAGAUUUUCUACGGCAUGAUCAAAGCAAGUGAUAACACGUACGAGGUGUGGACGCACGAGGACUGCCUCAUCUGGGCGCCCGGCGUGUACAUGGUGGGGACGCGCAUCGUCGGGCUGGAGGCGGCCAUAUGGAAUUGCUGCCGGCAUCAGUGUGAGUUCUGCCGGCACUACGGCGCCGUGCUUAGCUGUCUGCAUCAGGGCUGUCACGCCAAGGCACACUACAUUUGUGCCCACAAGCAGAGCUGGAAGAUGACGGAAGAUUUCCAAUCGUUUUGUCAACUGCACGCCGGCCACGAGCCGGCCGAUAGUGGGGAUGUGGUGGCCUCGAGCAGUAGAGAGCUUCCUGCUCCUGCUGCUGUUGCCGCUGCUGGCCCACCUGCCACAGCACCGGCGGCCAAGCAGCUUAAAAAGGAAGGCAAGCCCGGUAAGGCGGCAGUAGUUAGCUUGACGACGAGUGCGUCCUGAACGUCCAUGUGAUUGAAGGUGGAUGGGGAUCGCAUUCAAGAGAUAUGACUGAUCGAGUGAGAAUCAUUUUAGCUAGCAGCUGCUGCAUUUACCGCGUACUGUAAUGCAGAACAAAUGGGGUGGGGGGGUAACACUCUAAACAUCAUGGAAUUGAGCAAGAACUGCGCUUGGCUGGCAGCACACACACACUGUCUGCUGGCGGCACAGCAAGCGGUAAACAAGAAAGCUUUUUAUAAGAUUACUGUUUAACAGUACCGUGUAAAAUGUAACGUGUUCAUAAGUUUGCACAUAAUCACUUAACUGCUAGAGAUCGAACCCUUCUCGUCACCUACUUCAGUAUAUAUAUAUAUACAUAGUGAACGAACGCAGUGCUCUGCCGCAGUGCUUGUCGCGCGUUGUAUUUGGGAAGGGUUUAUCCGUUCCGUUGACCGGGCAAAGUAACUGUUUUGCUAGUUUGCUUUUUUGUUGCGUUACAUUGCCAUCCUUGUCGCUCACUGUUGUACGUCUCAAUUGAUAGAUGUCGGUCAAAAUCAGUCGCUUGUCAGUCUCUCCCUACCUGUAGGGCGUUGUUUUUUUCUUCUCUAUACGUAUUUAUGUUUAUGCCCGUCGAUAGUCACAGAAUUGUACUGAAAGUGUAUGAUUGUAUUGCUAUUCGUUUAACUGUAUGUGUCGUGCCGGAAAAUAAGACAAACAUUGAAAUUGUGCCCCAAGCACACUCUCUUAAAAUGCUAGAUUUUCCAUAGCAAAACAAGCACAAAAAAGCAAUGGUUUCGUGACAAAAAUAAUAUUUAUUUCGUUUGGAAAGAUGAGCGUGUGCGUCUGAACAUGUUGACAACAUUCCACUUCUCCCUGGAUAGAAUACUCUGACCGUGGCUCCAUCCUAAACGAUUGGUCCUGUACAACUGUUUCGUGUGUGGAGACGCCAUACAGAACCAAAAAAUGGCUUUCACUUUCGCUGUAUGUAUGUGUAAACGAAUCUCUCCACAUUUUGUUCAAUCAACUUUCUGGGACAAGGGCCAAAUAUCAUUGUACAUAGUCGUAAAUUUAUUCGAACUGGUUCAGUUACAGGCUUAAGUUUUAAUCCCGUUGGUUCGAGCGGUUAAACCAUGCAUACGCGCGCGUGUGUGAGUGGAGGGACUAGUAAAACAGUUGAUUUCUUCCGAAGCAGAGACACAUGCGAAUUUUAAUCCUUCACGAGCGGAUUCAGGUGCGCCGGAAUGGCAAUGUGUGUUUAGCUUACAAAACAUAAACAUAUACUUAAAAAUGCACGUAAGAUGGAUACAAGUUUUAGUUUAAUGUAAACCAUAUAUAUAUAUGGUUAUAUAUGAGACCAUCGCUAGACGUCGCCAUGAUUCUUAUACAAAGAUAUUUUUGUAUUUGGAGAUGUAAAUGAGGCAAAGGCAGGCCGGAAACACUACGUAGCGUCAUGACAAACAUUUUAUUCUCUAAUGAGCCAUAGUUUACUUCGACUAGCGUUAGCGAAACUUAGUGGUCGCAGGUUUUGUACUAUAGGAGAGCAGCGCGUGUGCGGGGCGAUAGACGAUAAGAUAUUCUACCCUCGUGCAUCCUGGGCAAUUGUAACGAACAAAGCGGAUAAGAAAAAACGUUGCCGAUUAUACCGCCGAACGUGUAUAAAAAAAAAAAACAGCUGCUCGAUCGACAACAAUCACGCAACGAUCAGUGUUCCACAGUUUUGGCCAACAUUCUUCAGUAUGCCACGGCGCUUGCACAGUUGUAACGUAACGUUGGCGGAAAGCGAAAGGCGAACGGCAAACUAAUGUAAGUUUGUAAAGACAGGUUCUGUGUAACAUUUGUCGAAUGCAUGUGAUUUACCGUUUAAAAAGAAGUGUAAAAAUAUUGGGGGGAAAAGAAGUAAAAAAAAAAACAGAAAGAAAGUUAUUUAACAAACAGAGAGAGAGAGAGAGACACACAUAAACAGAUCAGAUCAGUACAGAGAUAGUAAAAUACAAAGAAAAUAAAAUUUAAAAACCAGAUCAAACUCUACUGUAGAACGUUCGUCGUUUUUUGCAUUAAAAUCGAACAAAUUUCUGAUAAUAAAACAAAACAAGUUUUAUGAAA